CGGCGAAUGUUGUUAUUGGACCCUCGUUCGGGCCCCGGUUGACUCAGCUUCGUUCAGUUGGUAACCUACUUUGCUUCGAUUAGUACACGUUUUUUCCGACCCGCUACGAACUUUGCAAUUCCGCGCGCACUUUUUCUUGUUCCCAACCCGUGUGGAUACUCGCGGUGUUCCUUCCGGGAUCACUCGGUCCCUGGAUUCGAUUUAAUCCCACGAGAUGAAAACACAAACUUUUCGUUGUUCUCUAUCUUCAUCGUUUCGUAUCCUAGUUUCCGUGCUUCCUAUAUAUAUUCACGAUAGUGUUAAGCAAUAUGUUUUUAAGUGAUGGAUUAAUGAACUCGAGGUUCAACGACUUGGUUACAUGGGAGUGAUAUAUGAGUGAGAUUGAACAGGAAUUCAAUCUAAAGUAUGCUGUCUAAUGUCGCAAGAGGCGAGCCGGAAGUAUCAGCAAAUAUGCUAAUAACGGGAAACUUGUUGCAGAAAGCAGUUAUCCUUGAAGAACCAUCGUAUCUUCAAGCGACUCAUCUUCGUGGUUUUGAUCGGCAUUGACCUUAAACCAUCAGUCUCGUAUUUAGUGUUAUUGUGCUUCGUAGUAUAUUCGCAAGUGUGGGAUGUAAACAGAAAAAUAUUCUUCCCUUUAUAAAGAGUGAGUUUACAAAAACAACAUUAUUUACCGUGAGUGUACAGUUGAGUGCAUCAAAGGACUAUCCUUGGAAGAGAGGAAAACAAGAUGUGAUGUACGGCAUCGAAUAAAAGUGUCACGCAAGUGAAGGUGGAUCGUUAAAGUGCCAGUUCGGCUGACGGAAAAAAAAAUCAAAAUAUGGAUUAACGUGUAGCAAGUGGGAAAAUUAAACACGAUGCCGGAAACUUGUCGUCGACCAGUGUUUUGCUGGCGACCGUCGUGAGCAGAUCAACAUCACCGUUACAAUGUAAAGCCGAACGAAAGUCUAACAGAUCUCACCAAGAAGACUGAAUCCUGUUGUGAUACGGAGUCAAAAGUGCAUCAAACUCAUAUAAUAUUAAAUAGUUACAAUCACUGCCAGCUAUCCAAUGUGAUCAAAGUAAAACAAAAGAAAAUCAAAGUGUCUUGUUCUUGUCCUGAAGAACCGUCCGUCGUUCAUUUUUAGUAAUCAACACUGCCAGCGCAAAUAUCAUCUUCGUAUAAAACCCCGACUGCAGCGGAUCUUCAACGAGAGCUCAAGGGAUUCGCUAGCUCUUAUGUUAUGCAUUUUUCUUACUAAGGAUACCACAGAAAGUGAUUCAUCAACUACUUAGAUUUCUUCGCCACAAGAAGAAGAAAAAGUGUUCGAAGAUAGUGUGCAGCUCACAGAUGUAUUUUUAUCAGUUGUUGAACCUUGAAAGGAGCAGCGAGAUGCAACGUAGCUAGUAUACCGCAGUACAUAUAAUAGUGUAGUAAUCAAACUGUCCAUGUUCCAGCAUAGUAGUAUUUAUUAGAGAGAGUGACCUUUCCAUCGCAGUAUCAAUUGUGUGCCCUGGGAAGAAUAAAAAGUGAUAGAACUCGGGUGAGAAUGCAUCCGCGAUAAGUGAUUCCACUUUCAAGUUUAUCAAAAUAUUUACAAAGUGACUGCGAAUGCGAGGAAAAUCUGCUUCCUGAUACAGAAGAGAAAAUGUAACGAGAAGAGCCAAUUAACCUUACUCGGAGCAGAGAAAUGUGAAUGAAUCAAUUGAAGGUGGCCCAACGACCGAGUGGAGUACAUCCAUUCUGCCUACAUAGAUUUACAACAACCAACCUGUCACGGGGCGGUACAGUGCUACAGUAUAAUACCGCUUACUCUUUGUGCUCUUGAUAUGAUCGUAAAAAUGACGUUAUCGCAACAGCAACUGUUUGAACCUGAUAAAACUACGGAGAACAAUGUAUUAACGAGUGUGUGACCUGUUUGAACGGUGCAUUAAGAUAAAAGUCAAGAAGCAGACCUCUCAACUCUCAACCAGGAACAAGCGGAGCAAUUCCGCAGAACACGUCGAACGUACGUUCGAUCGGCCAGUGUAACACGUUUAUUCUUUGUUCCGAAUCGCGUUAGAAAUCCAGAACUCCUUAUGAAAAUGACGUCUCUAGGAAUUAUGACACUGAGCCGUGGACCCUACAGCGAGCUCGAUAAAAUGAGCCUUUUCCAAGAUUUGAAGCUGAAACGAAGAAAAGUUGACUCAAGAUGUAGCAGCGAUGGGGAGUCUAUAGCGGACACCAGCACUUCAUCACCUGACCUUUUGCAGCCCCUGUCUCCCAAGAUGUGCGAUCAGCAGCAGUCGGCCGGCCAGCUGGAGCUGGAGGACCACGCCGAACUAGAGGAUGCCUCACCAGCUCCGACGGCUGCUGCAAAUCAUCACCACCACCAUCUCCAGCAUCCUUCAAGCCACCACCACCAUCAGCAACAGCACCAGCAUCAUCAUCAUCAUCACCAUCACCUUAGCAAUAAUGUGGAAAACAACAACACGUUAACAAGCAACAAUAAUAACAAUAAUGACUGUUUGACGUCACCAAAGUUAGUGCACGAUGGUAGCGUGCUGAAGGACGAUGAUGGCGACAGUGAAAGGGCAUCACCUGAUUCGCCAGGUUUGCUGAUUGAUGAACGUCCACCUUCGAGACUGAAACCUUCGGAUCCCGGCGGUAGUACGCCGGGUAUGCUUCCCAAUUCCUCCAAUUGCGGUGGGGGCGCUAGUGUGAUACGUUCGGUGGCGGAUGAGCGUCCCCGGUCUUCAAGUCCGCCAAACAGCCAUAACUUAGCGCUAAUGAAUUCCAUUCAACUGCUGCAGCAACACUACAGUGCGACCAGCAGCACUAGUGGCAGUUCCAUCGGAGGUGGCCAUAGUGGAGCAGGCCAUCAUCAGCAUCAUCAUCAACAACAUCAACAACAACAACAACAACAACAACAACAACAACAACCACAACAACAACAACAACAACAACAACAUCAACAACAACAACAACAACAACAACAACAACAACAACAGCAACAGCAGCAACAGCAGCAACAGCAACAACAACAGCAACAGCAGCAACAACAACAACAACAACAACAACAGCAGCAGCAGCAGCAACAGCAGCAGCUGCAGCAACAGCAGCAACAGCAGCAGCAACAACAGCAGCAGCAACAGCAGCAGCAGCAUGUGACUGUACUAGUCACCCCAUCUCGAAUGAAACCAGAUCAUCCGACGACGUUGGUAACGCUAGGGAUGCGAAAACAAGCUCCACCGUCAAUUAAUCUAGCAAAUACCAACAACAACAGCAGCAGCAACACCAACAGUAGUAGCACGAAUAGUAAUAAUAACUGUAACAGUAGUAAUAAGAACGAAGAGCCUAAUAGACUUACAUCGACACCGCAGAGUUCAACGUCGUCGUCACCUUCAUCAUCGUCGUCAUAUUCAACUUCAUCGUCGAAUUCGUCAUCAAUAUCAAGUGCAUCGCCAAGUCAAGCAAACCAGCAUCCCGUUCAACUUCAGAUGUUUCAACAGCCUCCGUCGGGUGGCAUGUCCAAAUUUUCAUCUAGUCAAUCUUCAUCAAACAAUUCAAACAUCCACCAGCAGCAGCAACAUCUCGCUCAGCAGCAGAUGCUACAAGCUAUGCAGCAGCAAAUCCGAAUAAAAAAGGAACGCAUGCCCCAAUACACGAUAGUGAAUCAAAAUGCCAACAUGUCACUAUUACCGGGUGGUCAAUUACGGCAACAAAACAUUCAUAUGAUUCCUAACCCGCAACAACAGCUAUAUGUGAAACGUGAGCGACCGCUACCUGGUCAGAGUCACACAAUUGUUAACAUGCCACCAGUUUCGAUGGCUGGCCCCGCUAAUCACCAAAGGCAACCACCCACCAGUCCUGUUCAAGUCUGUAAUAGCACGUCACCGAUGCAACCACCAAUGUCUCCAAGUCAACAGCAUCAAAACAGACAGCAAAGUCCAGUUCAUGUGGGUUCCACGAAUAUGGGCCAAUCUCCGCACAUCAUCAUCAAACGUGAACGCCAACAACCCAGUCAAACCAUGGCCAAUCAAGCUAUGCAACUAUCACCAAACAACCAACGGUUACCAAGUCCUAUUCAAGUCAGUCCUACCACAUCUCCGCAGAAUCCUGCUAUGCAGAUACGUCAUCCCAUGAGGGACGCUGCCAUAUUAUUUCGAGUAAAAAAUGAAGCACAAGUACCAAAUCUCAUGCAACAGCAACCCCCCGGUAUGGGGCAUAGGAUUUCCGUUUGGCCUGGCGGUCAACAGCGUAUCAACGGAGUUAAGCCAGAAGUGAUCGGUGGUCCUCUACCACCACUACGAAGCCAAAUGUCACCACAGCAGUCCCCGCAGCAUCAUCAAAGUCCCAGUCCUAUCGCCUCGCAAACGCCACCUCGUAACACUCCGACGGUCAUCAUGGGCGAGUCGUGCGGUGUAAGGACUAUGGUCUGGAGCUAUGACUCUCCACCGCAAGUACAAACCACCACACCACCAAUUCCACAGCUCUCGUCGGCAAGCGCGUUGGCGGUUGCAUCGCAGGGCCAACUUGGUCCAGGAUCUUCGCUCGGGAUGGGUGCCAUUCCUCCUUCACCUGGUAACCACCAUCACCAAAACAGCAACAGCAGCAGCAGUAGUAGUAGUACGAACAACAACGAGGAAGCGGCGCAUCUACUUCUAAGCUUAGGACAAACCGUAAGGCAAAACGAGGCUCAACCAUGGACUCCCAACCGGACCGGGUUACCAUUGAACAUGGAACGGUUGUGGGCAGGCGAUUACAGUCAGUUCCCCACCGGACAUCAAAUGCAUGCACUCAAUCUCACCUCGCAACAGCCGUGGAAUAUGCCACCGGGUCCAAAAAAGGAAUUGCUUGACGACAUGCCUCCAGAUGAGGACGAACAACCUUUAGUUUGCAUGAUUUGUGAGGACAAAGCUACCGGACUGCACUAUGGUAUCAUCACUUGCGAAGGUUGCAAGGGCUUCUUCAAGCGAACCGUGCAAAACCGGAGGGUUUACACGUGCGUCGCGGACGGUACCUGUGAAAUUACUAAAGCCCAACGCAACCGCUGCCAGUAUUGUAGGUUUAAGAAGUGUAUCGAGCAAGGCAUGGUGCUUCAAGCUGUUCGAGAAGAUCGUAUGCCUGGUGGGCGAAAUAGUGGCGCAGUUUACAACCUGUACAAAGUAAAAUAUAAGAAACACAAGAAAAACAACCAGAAAGGAAACAACCACCAAAAACUCGGCUUGCCCGGUGACAAUCCAAAGUCGAUGUACUUGACGUCGUCGACGACGCCGCCGAUCAAGUCAGAAAGUAUUAGCCUGCCAUCGCACCUGGUCAACGGAACAAUUUUGAAAACCGCCCUGACCAAUCCAAGCGAAAUCGUGCAUUUACGCCAUAGACUGGACAACGCCGUCAGCUCGUCCAAGGAUCGGUCGAUCUCGUACGAGCAAGCCUUGAACAUGAUACAUACCCUUAUAGACUGUGAUGCUAUGGAGGACAUAGCGACCCUACCGCAUUUUAGUGAAUUCCUCGCCGACAAGUCGGAAAUUGGCGACAAACUCUGUAAUAUAGGUGAUUCGAUUGUCCAUAAACUCGUUUCGUGGACUCGAAAGUUACCCUUCUACAUGGAUAUCCCAGUGGAGAUCCAUACGAAGCUGCUAACAGACAAGUGGCACGAGAUACUGGUGCUGACAACCGCCGCCUAUCAGGCGCUGCAUGGUAAUAAAAGCAUAAGCAACCAGCUGCAAUCUUCAACCGCCGGAAAUGGACCUGGAGGUGGGACCGUUCUCGCACCAGACAAACAAGAUCCGGAGUUUGCCGAGGAGAUUACAGCCCAUCUACACACGUUACAAUCCUGCCUAACAACCCUCAUGGGUCAUCCGAUUUCGAUCGAGCAGCUAAAAAUUGACGUCGGUCAAAUGGUAGAGAAAAUGACCCAAAUUACGAUAAUGUUUCGACGAAGUAAACUCAAGAUGGAGGAAUACGUCUGUCUUAAGGUUUACAUUCUGUUGAACAAAGAAGUCGAACUGGAAAGCAUACAGGAACGGUAUGUUCAAGUACUUAGGACUUAUCUGCAGCAUACCGUUCCGCACAGUCCAAACCGAUUGGCGGAUCUGUUAUCCCAUAUACCUGAGAUCCAAACUGCUGCAAGCUUACUUUUGGAAAGCAAAAUGUUCUACGUACCGUUUGUUCUGAACUCGGCCAACAUUAGGUAGCAGAUGAUCGAGCAAGGGAUGAUCAAACCUUUCCAGUACGAACAACAGCUGCAGCAGCAGCAGCAGCAGCAGCAGAAUUUAACUUCUGAAGAAGAACAACAACAACAUCAACAACAACAACAGCAACAGCAGCACGACAUUGAUUUCGCAAAUCAGCAACGGCAGCAAACGUUGACGCAGGUUGUACAGCUAUCAUCGCCGUUUGCUGCACAACAGCGGCGCAUCCCGCAGCAACAGUUGCCGCAGUCUUCAAUGGCAACGCAACAAUCGAUUCAGACUUUGCAACAACAACAACAACAUCAACAGCAAAUUGUUCAGUUGCAACCGCGGCAAUCGCAGCAUGCACUGCCCAGUUCUCCCAAUCGCAGCAACAGUGGCUCUGUGACGAUUUUCGUCAUCAAAACAGUGUUACCUGAUGAGUGAUUCUGAUUUCCGCCUACUAUUUUAAUAAGCCCCAGUGAUGCAUCGGAAUGAUUGUUUUUCCUUUUUUUUAUAAUGAAAGUAGAUUUUUAUUUGUUUUUAAUUUGUUUCAAAAUCGAGUCGAUUCUCGUUUUGUUUUCAUUUUUUAUAUAUGAACUGUUUUACCCUUAACUCUUUGUCUUAUUUUACGAUUUCUCGUUGAGCGUUGAAAGUGUCGUAAAAUAAAGAGGUGAACAAUUUUUAACAGAGUAGUUAUAAUGCAUUAUAUACACAUACAAAGCUGAAGUAAAUAGAGAAAGAGAGAAAGUGAACAUUUUUGCAUAUACACCCACACACUCAUAUACACAGAAGAAAUCUAUGUCACUGAUAUGUAAAUGGAAAUACCUAUGUAAUAAACAAAAAAGUUUCACUCCAAACCUGAAUGCAUUGUGCAUCGAUGCCCUGGCGAUAAAAAAAAAGAAAAUGAUUAUUCUAAAUUCGAAUUUGCUUGCGGGUGCCGUGAGCCUAAAUGCUUGCGCGAUGAUUGCUGCAAAACAACAAAUCGAAUACAACACACAAUAGCAUGGAUUCACAUUCGAGGAAAAUUUUUAUUUUCCACUACUAGGAAGUCUGAAAUUAAAUGCCUUCUAUAUUAUAAAUAGAGAAAAAAAAACAAGCGAUCAUAGGUGUAAUUCAUAAGAGUAAAACAAUGGAAAAGUAAGUGAAUUUCCCAUUUCAGAAUUAUAUUUGAAAAGAAAAACAACCGCAACAAAUAUUCGUAUUGAGCAACACAAAAUUGACCCGAAAAAUGUCGUGCAUAAAAUAAACGUAUAUAACAUAUAUAUUUUUAUACAUUUAAUUGAUCGAUUCAUUGUUGUUCUUCUUAUUAAUAUUUUUAUUAGCUAAUUUUACAAGAAAAAAAGUGGAAAACGUAGAUAUGAGCGGAAAAAGUGUAACGCGUAUAAAUGUAUUUUACCAUUCAGUCCUUUGAAAACAAAAGGAAGUGAGAAGACACUUUUGAUUGUAAAAAGGAAAAAGUUCGCGACUGUACCUACUGUCGCGCGCAUCGAGAGGACGCACUGAAAAAUAUUCAACCUCUUACUGUAAAUAUCAGAGUUUCUCAGCUAUGCUUUUAUCUUCUUCUUUUUCUUCUCAUAUUACAAAUAUUUUAGUUGUCUAAGAAACUGGAUGCUUUUAAACUGUUUUUCACAGAUUGUAAAAGAUCGUCCAGGAUGGACAUAAUUUCCCAUGUAAAACCGCGCCCGUUAGGUGAUAGCAUGUUUUGGAUAGUUUGUAAUAAUGCUUAGUUGAAUGCCAGACGAGUUAAACGAAGGACGGUAGUUUCUUUCAUUUUUCCUCCAUUGGAGCAAGUACACGUACUAUUUAGACGAGCAUGACGGUAUAAAGAAAAGUACUUUUUAUCCGACACAUCACAAAUGGAACACUUGUUUUUAUUUCGACUAAGGUAACGUUUACUAGGUUAGAAAUAAAAAUAAAAAUGACCAAAACUGAUACAAUGAUCCUCCUUUUUUUUGUUUUAAAUUAAAGCUAUCGUAUUUUAGUAGGAGACGAGAAAAAUCCUUUAUUUUUAGGCGAAUUAUUUAUCCAAACCGUUUUUAUCGUAGACAAAAAGGAAAGUAAAAAUUAACACAAAGUACGAGAAAUUUACUCAUUUUGAAAUGUUUAUGAGACUCGUUUUUUAUUAAAGUAACUUAAAAUUUCUAAUAAGUAUUUAUGCAAAAAGUAUGUUUUGUUUUUCGACGUGGAUUUUUUUCCAAUGCCAGAAGCUACAUUUUUUUAGCUUGUACGUGCGUUUACGGAACGAUAUGAAACCAAAAAUUUAGGAAAGCUAAUAUUAUAUUUGUAUAUGAAACUGACUAACAAAAAAUUCUCAUCAUCUCAAUGUCAGGACGAUGAAGAACUUUUUUUUUCGCACCAUAAACCAUCCGCCAUCUGUUCUCUCUGUAAUAAAUGCAAAAAAAAAACUACACACUAAUACACAGGAA